UACGUUGUAUCAGGCCUACUCAAUUGUGCGCUAGUAAGAUGUUACGGAAAGGCCCGUACCAUUGUCUGCAAAUCCUCUAGGAAACAAAACCCUCGUCACAAACAAGCCUAGGGAUUCCAUUGAUCCAGCUGCUUCACUCUUGUUCUCCGGUAACAGCGACACCGCCAGUUCAAUCUCCGUCGCCGUCGAAAUCAGCAAGGGAAGAGUCUUUGAAAGAUGGCAUCAAAGAUGCUACAAUUGAAAUCCAAGGCCUGUGAAGCAUCAAAGUUUGUGUCGAAGCACGGCACGACUUACUACAAACAGUUGCUGGAGAAGAACAAGCACUAUAUCCAGGAGCCAGCCACUGUCGAGAAAUGCAAUGAGUUGUCUAAGCAGCUUCUCUACACUCGUCUUGCUAGCAUCCCUGGACGUACAGAGUUGUUCUGGAAGGAAGUGGAUCACGUGAAAGGUUUGUGGAAGAAUAGGGCGGAUUUGAAGGUUGAAGAUGCUGGAAUCGCAGCACUUUUUGGUCUGGAAUGCUUCGCCUGGUACUGUGCAGGUGAGAUCGUUGGAAGAGGCUUUACUUUCACUGGCUACUACCCUUGAAGAAACGAAGCAACUCCCAUGAACAAACAUGCCUUUUAAAACCAUUAAACUCUAAAAAAAAGCUUUUUAAUUCAAUAAACUGGCGGUUUAUUAUCGCACUAGAGCCAAAAAAUCGAUUUAUUUUUCUCUCCGGAUAAUUUAAUACACACAAGUUUUGAAGCUGAGGCAUCAUCACUCAUGCUAGCACUUAAUAAUAUCAAUAGAAAACAUGUUUGCUC